GCAGCGGGCGGCGGGCGCAGAGGAGGCGGCGGGGUGGUCUGGCGACCGCGAUGCGGCUGCUGCGCUGAGCCUGCCCGCUCCAGGCGCCGGGGGAACCGGCCGCGCGGAGCGGCAGCAUGCGGGGCGGCGAGGAGCUGGACGGCUUCGAGGGCGAGGCCUCGAGCACCUCCAUGAUCUCGGGCGCCAGCAGCCCGUACCAACCCACCACCGAGCCCGUGAGCCAGCGCCGCGGGCUGGCCGGCCUGCGCUGCGACCCGGACUACCUGCGCGGCGCGCUUGGCCGCCUCAAGGUCGCCCAAGUGAUUUUAGCCCUAAUUGCAUUUAUCUGCAUUGAGACCAUCAUGGAGUGCUCCCCGUGUGAAGGCCUCUACUUCUUUGAGUUUGUAAGCUGCAGCGCAUUUGUGGUGACUGGGGUCUUGCUGAUUCUCUUCAGCCUCAACCUGCAUAUGAGGAUCCCCCAGAUCAACUGGAGUCUAACAGAUUUGGUCAACACUGGACUCAGCACUUUCUUUUUCUUUAUUGCCUCAAUUGUAUUGGCUGCUUUAAAUCAUAAAACCGGAGCGGAAAUUGCUGCUGUGAUAUUUGGCUUCUUGGCAACAGCAGCCUAUGCAGUCAGCACGUUCCUGGCUGUGCAGAAAUGGAGAGUCAGCAUCCGCCAGCAGAGCGCCAAUGACUACAUCCGAGCUCGCACCGAGUCUAGAGAUGUGGACGGCCGUCCUGAGAUCCAGCGCCUGGACACAUGAGACCGUCUGGAGCCCUCCCGCUGCCCUCUGCCCAUUCUUCUAAUCAAAUUUUCUUUCUCUUAGCACGUCAGAUUUUUGUGUGAACCAGCUGAAUUUUGUCCUGUUUGGUAAAAAUUCACUUUGGGAAAGGUUGCCUAGAGUGGCCCAGUGACUGAUCUGUUGGGCAUUGGGUGCCCGUGGGAGCAGCCAACUUUAUUGAGUGCUCUAGGUCUUAACUGUCUGUCUCAGAACGCAUGGUCUCACCUGACUCUGAGCCACCCUUUCGUGUGUAUUUGCAAUGAGUCAGAGCCUUAUUAAAUGGCAUUGAGAAGGGAAUUAUAUGUCACAAGACGGAAAGAAGCACAGGGGUGGGACAGCCAGUGAGGUACUUGGACAGCCUUCUAGCCAACUGGGGUGCGUGUUGAGUCUGUUAGAUCCACCCUCCCUGUGUUCUGUUCCCAGAGCAUCUGGGCAGCCAGCAUGGCCUGAGGGGGACUCUGAGGGGUCUGAUGGAUGGAUGUGUUCCUGUAACUUCCUUACCAGGCUUGUAUGCUACAGGGAUAGGAAAAGCUAGUGUCCUGUGGGGACAGCUCCGUGGACUGACUCCCAGAGCAGUGACCAUUUGUCUCCUGCCCUGCUGAGAAAUCACUUGAUUCUUCCUCAUGUGAAUUGCCUUCCUGUGGUCCAUACUUACUUUCCGGGAGAGGGGGCUAUUACAUGUGCCGGGGUCCUCCUACCUUACAUAUCAUGGGGCUGAAUUGCAGUUUUGGCAACUUUUACCUUCUCAGGUGAAAGCGCAGAAGAAACAGUCCUCCAUUAGCCCG